AACGUCUCCACCACAUUCCCAUGUCGCCACCAUGUCCGGCUUUGAGAUUGCAGGCGUCGUGCUGGGGUCGAUUCCACUCAUUGUCAAUGCUCUGCAGAACUAUGGGGAAGGGGUCGCGGUGAUGAAAAAUAUGAAGGAUUAUGAGAUGGUUUUCUCUGACAUUCAUACCUCAUUCGCGGCAUCUGUGGGGAUUUACACAGAUUCGUGCUACCAGUUGCUAAGUCCGCUCAACCUCCCAGACCGACAGAUGAACGAACUGCUGGAAGGGCGGCAGAUAGAUGCAUGGUCGAAUUCGGAAUUGAAGGAAGCCCUCGAGAUCCGACUCGGAUCAAACUGCAAGGUCUAUCUGUCGUUGAUGGACAAGCUGAAUCGUAGGAUCGUAAUGUUUUGCAAGAAAUUGAGGUUGAAUGACGAUCUGAAGCCUCCAUGGAUUGUACCAGACGGGUCAACCGAUGAGAAAGCGCGGAAGAAAUUUUUUAAGAAUUCCUGGACAAGAAUAAGAGGCGGGUUCGAUUCAGACAAGUACGCAACCCUUCUGCAGGACAUUGACCGAGACAUCGACAAGAUCUCCAAAUUGACGUCAGGUGCCGCCCAACUCGAGCCCCUCCGCGCCGAAAAGAAGAACAAAAUUCAAUCGACCUACUGGCUGAAUAUUCGAGAUCAAGCCCAGCGUCUAUUUGAAAGCCUCAGCUCCCGCUUCUGCCCGUGUUCCUGUAAACAGCCUCACAAGGCAAAUCUGCGACUAGAUGUUCGGAGGAACCACAAUACGGAAAAUGAGGCCGUUCGAUUUGCAUUUUUGUUUACCUUUGAGAAGUCUGGAUGUGUCCCGAAAGCUCUACCUUGGGAUUGGAGAGAUGUUGAGAUUGAAGCUUCUCAAUGUCUUAGCACUCAACCACCUACAGCUCCUAGCCCGGCUUAUGCAGCAGGCGGGACGAAAAAGACCGCCCGAUUUGCCCCAUCCAUAACCGUCUCACCAACGCAGCCUAAUUCUCGCUCACCUUCGCCAUCCUUAGCUUCGAAGAUAGACAAUCUUUGCAAGGCCCUCAUGAAUGGAUAUCAAUCUGGAUGCUGUCUUGGCUUCCUUGAAGAUCAGCCUUGGCAACACCACAUAUACUCCGUCUCCGGGCCUGAUACUGGCAAUCAAAUCUGCGAGGCAGCCUCGUUAAAAGAGCUCAUCUGCAGCCCCAAAUCACUGGCAACAAGACAAAAAUGCACCUUGGCGCUAACUCUUGCGUCCGCUGUCCUUCAACUUCACGACACUCCUUGGCUACCACGAAGUUGGGACACCAAAGACAUCUUUAUUCUUAAAAGCCGUACAGGCGCCACAAUAUCCUCCCAUUUCUACGUCUCGCGCACGUUUGACUCAUCUGCUUCGAGCCAAGCUGCCAGCAAGCGACGCCGCUGCGUUAAGAACGAGAUGAUCUUUGCACUCGGUGUCGCCCUUCUGGAACUGACACACGGCUGUCCUCUCCUCUCGCUCAAAGAACCCGAAGACCUCAAUGAGUUCGGACAGGAGGAUAUCAUGACCGAGGUAUCUAUUGCGACUAGAUUAGCGGACGAGAUCAACGACCUCGAAUCGGAAAAUUAUGCAAAGGCAGUGCUGCGGUGUGUGAGGUGCAACUUCGAUACCUUUACUUACGAUUUUGAAGAUAGAGAGUUCAGGGAGAAGUUCUAUGAAGGGGUUGUGGUUCCGUUGCAGCUCGACUAUGAGUAUGCUACUGGUAGGAAAAUAUGAGUCCGAUCUUUCGAAUACCCGCAAGUUACAGAGUCUACACACAAGAUCCUUUUUGACUCCUUGUGCUCUUGAAGAUUCGCACUGCGUCUAACCUUAUCUGAGAUUGUUGACGUCUGAAAUUACUGCUAAUUCCACUCAGAUACGACGUUUCUUCAGAUGCAAGUCUACUAGCCUUCUCGCCUA